CCUCGGCACGGAUCUUUUUUAGAAAAUUGAAUACAAUUAAUAUAUACAUAAAAUCACAUGCUACGUAGCACACAUUCGUAGUGCUGCAAGCAGUAGAUGACAAAGUUUUGAACGAAAGCGUUGCCAUAAUCGAAGACAUGGCACCUCUAGCACGUAGAGUUGUAAGUUUCCGUGGAUUGUUUAGCUUAAACAAGUCGAAGAAAAUCGCCGAGUCCGUCGUUAAGGAUUUAGGGUGCACAUCAAAUUUGCCCGCCUCAUUGAACACUGUUGAAGUCGCCACUGGUCCGAGAUUGAAAUCGAUUUCUGAAGCCCCACUGGUGAAUUGCGUAGAUAGCAAUUCUCAAGUAUCAUGCGAGGGUGAGAUUGAGAAGUUGACCAGUGCUCUGAAGUCAACUAAUCCUUACACCGACAACUUGACUCUAAGCGUAGUAUCAGCUUUGGAUAUACAGGAUAAGGAGGUGGACAUUACUGACUGCCUGAGUGAUUGCAUUGAUACUCAUAGUGAUAGUUCUGGGCUAAUAUCAGAGGUUGAGAUGGCUGAAUUCGCGAUGCAGACAACAGUUUCUAAUUGUCGCAAUCUAGGUGAGCUACAGACGGGCCAACGAGUUAUAAAAUGUAACACAUUUCCAAAUAAGUCAGAUGAUGUAGAGGACGAGUGUGCUGAGCCAGAAAAUACACUAAAAACAUCAGAGCUAAGUCCGCGAGGGUACACGGUUUCUGACAUUUCUGAUCCAGAACACCAUACCUUGAAGUGGAGUCGACACAUAAAGCCUAUUGAUGGCCAACGUAGAGCUUCAAGUAUUCACGGCCGUGUGGCUUCACCGAUAGAGCUUUUAUCUCCUAGGUCCCGUCGAACAACUCUGAUGAGUUCGUCGGAUAUGAAUCUGCAUUGCAUUAAAAGUUGUAAUACUAGUGUAAAGGCCGUUGAAAGGAAUAAAUGGGUAGGGACGGUAGUACAACUUCUCCAAGACAGCGAAUCUGGCGACGGGUCAAAACGUUCUAGGGUUUCUGACCCUGAUAACCAGAUAAAUAUAAAGUCAAAAUUAGAUAGCGAGCAAGCACAAUACCUUCAGAUGGAGAUCGCAAGUUUAUACACAUUGCCUGCAGUGACAAGAUCUCUAAGCCCAGCAGCUGGCGUCCCCUAUAAAGCUGCGACAGUUCGAAUUCUGCGCCAGGCAAGUCACAAUGCGGUGCUCGAUAACCAACCCCGAAUAUGGAGAGAAAAUGAACACCCAGGGAUGAAGAAAAGAGCAACGAGUUUGAGAGUUGCAAAACACCCAAUAGGCAGUAAUGUUAAAGAAUAUACCAAGAUUCGAUCGCAACCCAAACCAGAAAAGCCUAGAGCAACAAUUGCUGGUUUGAAACGGCAAGGUAGUAUACCUGCAGCCGACCUAUCACUGAAUGGGUUUCACCGGGUGCAUGAAAAACCUUCCUCGAUAGAACACAAAAUAGCUGUAAAACGAGCCGCGAGGCAGACCAAGUUUGCUUUACAAACGACAGGAGAGUUCAAUAGUCUGUUGGAUAUCCGUGGGUCGUCUUUUUCUGGCUGCGAUUCAAGCCGGACUCUUCGUGCGCAUUCAUACACACCCAGGGAAAUGCCAAGUACUGUAAACAAGAUGCAAACACCUAGUAAUAGGAAGACAUACCAUGGAGGCAAUACAUAUGCCACUCUGAGAUCGGUACCUUCCUUGACAGCCGUCACUCCUGAAAAAUCGCAAUUCCGGAAGAGCCCUGGCGAUACAAGGUGGCUACCAGCGCGAAGGGCUGUUUUCAAACCGAGAGUGCUCCUCAAUACAGCCACUACAUUGCACACGACGUAUGGAGAAGAGUACGACAGGACACCAUGUACCGUAUCCACGCUCACGAGAACCGAAUUCCGGGAACUGAUGGCAUUCAAGGUUAACGAGAUGUUGGUGCACUGUAAUUCCGAACAAAGUAUAUCCUUCGCAAGCUUUCUGUCAGCUCGCCGCCCGCGCAAAAAUUGAAGGAACUUGUGAUAGACAAGCUACACUCUAU